AUGAGUAACCAUUUAUUCAAAAAUCAACUUAUGAUGCCAUACUUCAAAUCAAAUAAUAAUUCAACUUCCCAAGUCACCACCACCAACAAUAAUACACCAAUUAAACUGCCACAAUUCGAUAAUCCAGACGCAAAAGACCAUUACCUGGCACCUCAAAACUAUCGUUACCUGUCCUUCUUGCCUGGGUUUUCUACAUAUACUCAUGGAUUACCAAUUGCUUCUGUCAACACUGCCCCAAACCAAAUAGCCGCCAAAGAGCAAAUCAUUCCUCAACUUAAAAGUCCUUUGCAACAAGUUCCUGAAGAACAAGAAGACGACGAAGGAAAAGAAGAUACACAGCAACAACAACAAUACCACCACCAACUCAAUCAACAUGAAUAUCAUCUUCAUUCUUGUAUUCACCCCCAUAAGUUUGAUUUAUUUAACUCCAAUGACGAGAAAAUACCCCGUAAUUUGCCUAAUGAUGUUGAAUUGGAAUUUGUCAGAGCUACUAACCAUUUCAAUAAUGAUAAUAAUAAGAAUAAAUUCAGUGCUUCAAUUUUGCAACAAUUACAGGUAUUACCCACUGAAAACAUUGAUGUUUAUGACUAUUUAAAUCCUAGAAAAUCAGCAAAUAUGGGCUACAGAGAGAAAAUUCGCAGUUGGUUAGCCUCUGUACCACUUGCUAUUGCCUACGACGAAAGUUUAACUCAAUUCAAUCUCAAUUGUUAUCCUGGGGUAGUCUCAGCCUCAGAAACAGUCAGCAAUUCGGAUGCAGAAAUAGAUUUGGCAGAUGUUGAUGAUGUAUUGGAACUUCAAGCACAAAGAGUGACGCGAUAUGUGAAUAGAUUGUAUUUCAACGAAGAGGAAAUACCAUUGCCAAUAGAAGAGAAUGAGGAGGACUUGGGAAAUAAAGAUUUGGAAGAAGAAGAGGAUGGAGAAGAUGGAGACGGAGCUGAUCAAGGUGAAGAGGGUGGCAUGCUUGGAAUUGAAGAGUACAACCAUAACCCAGCUAUUCCCGAACGAAACGAAAAUCGUUAUAAUGGUAGAAAGGGAGUCAAUACUAAGGGUGAUGUAAAAACAGGUAUUGUCCAUGAAUAG